UUGAAGCACACUUGCCACCUUUUAAAAGUGAUCUCUGCAGCAUUCCAGAGCCACUGAAGUAUUCAUCUUGACCUGGAUAGUCAGUUUCUCUGCUAGCACAAAGAAGAUUUUUUAACAUGAACAAGAUCCUUUCAACCACUCUUUGCUUUGGACUCCUAACUUUGUUAUCUGUAAUGAUAUUUUUUGAAUUGGUACAUGGACGGCCAUAUCUUACCCAAGGAAAUGAAUUGUUUCCAGAUAAAGAAGAUGCAAACCAUGAAGAACUAUUGCUGGCUCUACUGAAUAAAAAUUUUGAUUUCCAAAGACCUUCUAGCAUUGAUACAGAACUGACUGGCAAAUUGGAAGAACUUAACCAGCUGGAAAAUCUAAAAGAGCAGCUCGCAGAGGCAAAAGAUUCAGAGAUAUCCUAUGCUACAGGUGGUCUAUCUUCUUCCCAUCCCAAUAAGCGAGCCUGCUUUUGGAAAUACUGUGUCUGAAGGUUUUUCUCUGGAUACAAAAAGAUAAGAACAUUAGAAAAAGAUACACAUCUACUCAUCACUACUUAAAGAUUCUAGCUAUUUGAGCAUAAAGAAAGGAUGGCGUUUAUUCUGCAUACUGUAUGCUUAAGGUUUAAGUUGUGAAUGAUGACAAAUCAGUUGCACUUUUGCAUGGCAUGGGUUAUCAAAUGGCCUUGUAGUGCUAAAAUUUACAGUGCUGUAUCUAUUGUAUGCUUUCCGUAGAUUCAUUUUCUACAUAUAAUUUUGUCUGGUGAUGACUCUGAUUUUGAGCUAUCAAUUAAAAUAU